AUGGUUCCUGCCUUUUCCCGCUCAUCCCCGUCAGCUUCUGCUCAAGUCGACCCCGACCCUGACCCCGAGUUUCCCGAGGAUUACCGAUACGACGGAAAUUCGAUAAUGGAUAUGGAAUCUUUAAGCGGCGGGCAUGCCUCGGAUUUUUCGCUCAUGGCAACGCCGUCCAUGUCUCUGGAAGACGCCCUCGCCCGAGCCACGGAGGCAGCUUCGGAGACGAGCCUCAGCUCCGUGCCAGACGAGACGGUAGCUUCUCGCGGAGGCAGGAACGAUGCGUUUAUGGACGCUGCGAUUCAGCGUAUGAGAGACGAGCUCGCGUCGAUGGGGAAGGCGGAAGAGAGUCUGGAAGAAGCCAUUGCGCGGGCUGCUAACGCGGGUUCCGCGGGUAAUUCCUGCGCGCCAUCCGCGCGCGACGCCUGCGCGCCAUCCGCGGGGGAUUCCCGCGCGCCUGCGGGUAACGCGCACGCGAGUGGAGCUUCUCGUGGCACCGGCAAGUCUGACGAUUUCAUGGAUGCAGCAGUGAGAAGGAUGCGCGAGGAGCUGGCGGGAAUAGGGAAGGCGGAGGAGAGCUUGGACGAUGCCAUUGCGCGGGCUGCUGGUGCUGCUGGCGCGACUGUUUCUGGGGCUAGCUCGCACGCUUCUGGGGGUCCGAGUGGGGCUGAGGGGAGUGGGGUUGGGGGAAGUAGCGGCGGGAGCAGUGACCGACGCAUGGAUGCAGCCGUGAGGCGGAUGGCAGAGGAGCUGGCUGGCUUAGGUCAGGCGGAGGAGAGCCUUGACGACGCCAUUGCCCGCGCUGCUGCUGCUGCCGGUAGUGGUGCUGCUGGUGCUCCUGAAGGCGCUGCUGGUGCUCGCUCUCACGCUUCUGAGGGCUCGCGUGGGGCUGGGGGCAGUAGGGGUGACCCGCGCAUGGAUGCAGCCGUGAGGCGGAUGAAAGAGGAGCUGGCUGGGUUAGGACAUGCGGAUGAGAGCCUUGACGACGCCAUUGCCCGCGCUGCUGCUGCUGCUGGCAGUGCUGAUAGUGCUGUGGCUGGUGCUCCCUCUCACGCUUCUGAUGGUUCGCGUAGGGGUGGGGGCAGUGGGAGCGGGAGCAGUGACCCGCGCAUGGAUGCAGCCGUGAGGCGGAUGAAAGAGGAGCUGGCUGGCCUAGGUCGGGCGGAUGAGAGCCUUGAAGACGCCAUUGCCCGCGCUGCUGCUGCUGCCGGCGACUUUGGGGCUGGGAACAGUGGGGGUGGGGGCAGUGCGGGUGGGGGCAGUGGGGGUGGGGGCGGUGGGGGUGGAAGCAGUGGGGGUGGGGGUAGUGGGGGUGGGGGCAGUACGGGUGACCCACGCAUGGAUGCAGCCGUGAGGCGGAUGAGAGAGGAGCUGGCUAGCUUAGGUCAGGCGGAUGAGAGCCUUGAAGACGCCAUUCUCCGCGCUGCUGCUGCUGCUGCUGCUGCCGCUGCCGCUGCUGCUGGUGCCGCUGGUGCUGCUUCUGGUGCAGGUAGCGCCGCUGCCAAUUCUGCCGCCGCCACUCCCUUCCCCCACCCGCAACCCGCAAACCCAGAACCCCUCUCAGCAUACGCCCAGCUCAACCCAGCCUCAGCCGAUCUCGACCCAGACGUCCAGUUCCCAGCCGACUAUCGCUACGAUGGCAACUCGUUUAUGGACUCUGGCCUUCUCAGCUUAGGAGGUACAAUGAGCUCUAUGGGGGCGUCUGGGGGAGGGUAUGCAGGGUCACAGGGGAGUGUCUGUACGGGCGUGACUCGGCAAUUCUCCAACCUCAGCCGACCAACAGAGUCGCUGGAUGAGGCCAUUGCUCGCGCUGCUGCUGCUGCUGCCACCACCUGUGCUGGGAACGCUUCUGGGGCUGGGUGUGGGGGGGGGAGAGGGGCAGGUGGGGGUGCCCUCGAGCCUGCUGCUCCUGCUGUGCCUGCUUCUGGGGUGCCUGAUGGUGCCUCAGCCCGAGCACCAGCCGAUCUCGACCCAGACCCACAGUUCCCUGACGAUUACUGCUACGAUGGCAACUCAUUCAUGGACUCUGGCCUUCUCAGCUUAGGAGGUACGAUGAGCUCUAUGGGGGCGUCUGGGGGAGGGUAUGCAGGGUCACAGGGGAGUGUCUGUACGGGCGUGACUCGGCAGUUCUCCAACCUCAGCCGCCCCACGGAGUCUCUAGAUGAGGCCAUUGCUCGUGCUGCUGCUGCUGCUGCCAAUGCUGCGAGUGCUGAAGGGGGGAGAAGCGCAGAUAGGAGAAAAGUGGGAGAGAGCUUAGAAGACGCCAUUGCCCGCGCUGCUGGCCUGGCUGAUGCUGCUUCUUCCAGAGCAGGCAUUUCCUCCCCGUUUGGAGGUAUGCCCUGUGCCUCCUCUGCUCAUGGUAGUUCCUUAGCGGGUAUGGGGGCAGCAGUGAAGGGGGGUGACGCGGCCAUGGGGGCAGCAGGGCGUUGGGGUGAUGCGGGAAUGGAUGCAGCAGUGGGGGGAAUGUGCGAGGAGCUGGCGGGGAUGGGGAAGGCAGAUGAGAGCCUGGAUGAUGCCAUUGCGCGGGCUUCUAAUGAGGGAUCCGCGAGCAUAGGGGCAGCAAGAGAGGGGGCUGAUGCAGGCAUGGGGGCGGCAGUGAGGGGGAUGCGUGAGCACCAGAUCCCCCCAGCAAGCUUCGUCCCGUCAAAAGGCACUUUUGAGGCGCCCCAAAAGCCGCCUGCACCUGGGGUCGUCCCCCCUGCUGGGACCUGGGCUCAUCAUCACAUUCCCCCAGCAAGCUUCACCCCGUGUAAGAGCUCUUCAUCAGACCCCAAGGGAAGCAGCACAGUCAUUCCUUCUUCCACUGAAAGCUGCACCACCAUCCCUCCCUCUAACGCCUCUCUUGCCACCACCACGACCAACGCCUCCAGCACUGUUAUCCGGCCCUACGGCGCCUCUACUGCCUCUACCAGCACGUGGGGCAGUAGUGUUGGUAACAGUAACGCGUCGAGCAUUGGCGAAUAUGGUUACGGGCUGGUUACCACGUUCGGCCUGCCGUGCGAGUCGUUGGAGGAGGCUUUGGAACGGGCGUCGUUGACGGCUAGCUCGACUCGGUCGAGUUUUGAGGCGCCGCGAAAGGCUUCUGAGGCGCCUCAGAAUUUGUCGCUGGAGGAGGCUUUGGAACGGGCGUCGCUGACUGCUAGCUCGACCCGGUCGAGUAUAGAUGGGGGUGCAGCCCACGGGUAUAAUAUAUGUGCUGAUUCUGAUGCAGCUUCUAGUGCUGCUGCUGCUGCUGCCGGUGCUGCUGCUGCUGAUGGUGGUGCUGCUGCUGGUGCGGGUGUGUUUGGAGCAGAGGAGGCAGGUGGAAAGAAGAAGCGGCAGGGAGUGGGAGGCAUGCUUGCUCAUGCAUUCAAAUGGGGAUCCAAGCAUCACUCUCACAACAACGACCCAGGUCCCCUUUCCCCUCCCACCGCUCCACCUCCCUCUGCUGCCCCCGCACCUCCUGCUGUCCCAACUGCUACAACAUCCCCUGCUGCUGCCGCCGCCGCAGCAGCUGGCACCGCAUUCCAUCCCCCGGGAUCGCUCCUGCCCUUCGAGUCAACCCUUGCAACAGAGGAAGGCUCAGGAGGAGCAGGAAUAACCAUGAUCUUUUCCAACCUAGCUGCUAGCAAGCGAGCCGAAAGGUUCCGGCACGGAAAACACCACGACGGUUUAGCAGGGCCAGGGUCGCAGAUAGGCAGUUCUGAGGCGGGAUCUUUACGGUCGGCUAAGGGUUUCGGGGUGAUAGAGGAGGAGGAGGAUGAGGACGAAGGGCGAGCAUCUGGGUGUAGCUUGUCAACGCACUCUUCAGGGAAUUCGGGCUCGAAAGGGUGGCAUUCCCCGUCUCAUUCACACAGAGGGGCCGUGGGGCGUGCUGGGGCGUUUGGGAGCCGGGGUGGGAGUGAGCGGGGCGGUGGGAGUGAGCGGGGCGGUGGGAGUGAGCGGGGCGGUGGGAGUGAGCGGGGCGGCGGGAGUGGGCACAUGGGAGGUCCGGGGGCGGUGGUUCCUCCACUGCCGUUUUCGAAUGUGAGACCUGCAGCUGAAGAGGCAGCAGCAGUGGUAGCAGCACAAGCAGCAGCCACGCUUAGAAAAGGCGGAGGAGGGAAAGCAGGAGGGGGAGGGGGUGGGGUUGGGGCUAUGCCUGGUCCGUUGGGGUAUAGUGAGGAGGAUGAGAGUGGGGGUGAUGGUGGUGUGGGCUACACUGCUGUGUUUUCCAACGUGGCAGCAGCAGCCUAUCGCAAGCCUCGGAAAUGGGCGUCUGGCGCCAGCUCAGCGACAGGAUCAGUGGCAGGUGACCUGGAUCGUGAUUAUAGCGAUCGGAAUCUGCCUGUCUACAGUAGUCAGAGGGGGUAA